AUGCCAAGUUACACUAUUGUAGCAGGAGAUACAUUGUGGAGUCUCAGCCAACGUUACGGAUGCACGACCGAUGAAUUGAUGGCUCUCAAUCCUGGGAUAAGACCCGAAGCAUUACAAAUUGGACAAGUUCUCAAUUUGCCUGGAACUCAGCAUGGAGCAUCCCACAACACGCCAUCAACAAACACACGGCAAUCAACUAAUGGACCAUUACUACCGACACGACAAGCACCUAACAAUGCUCGGAUAGAUACAACAUUGAGUGAAAGAGCCCCGGCGCCUAUUGGACAGCUGCGUCAUUUCAUCAAUUCUGCCGCACAAGCAACAAAUAUGCCGGCCGAUCUUAUUGGUGCUGUCAUCUAUCAAGAGUCUGGAGGCAAUAUAAAUGUUGAUACGACAACGAAUCCAGGCAAUUUUGGAGUCGAUUCGGGUGUCAUGCAAGUAAAUGAGCAUACAGCUGCUGAACUUCAACGAAAAUAUCCCCAUCGUUUUGCUGGUCUUUACGGUACAGCAAAAGAAAUUAUGCUUGGUGCCAGCUAUCUCAAGGAUAUGUAUGAUACGAGUGCAGAUCAAGAUUGGGGCAUUACACUUCGCGCUUACAAUUCAGGUCCGAACGGCGUCGAUAAAACUAAUUUACGUGCAAAGCCAGCGGGUACCGGUGACAGCACUUAUGUCGACAAAGUUUUACGUUUUUGGGUUGACAUUUCCCAAGGCAAUUCGUUACCAGCAGACCACUACGAAUCAAUCUAUGGCAGAGGUUUCUGA